UAGAAAAGAAUUUAGGAACUCGUCGUCUCGUAGUCCCACUAGAAUCCACACCAAGUAUUGCUCCAACAGCCGAAUAAUUCACCUUCCUUUUGCCCUCUCCGUCUCCGAAGGAGCGCAAAACGGAAAAAAGAACACCUUAUCGGAUAAGUCAAUUGUCGUUCGUCCCUUCAAUUAGUCAUGCCUUCCCGUCGGAGAACCCUCUUGAAGGUUAUCAUCCUCGGUGACAGCGGGGUGGGAAAGACCUCUUUGAUGAAUCAAUAUGUAAAUAAGAAGUUUAGCAAUCAAUACAAAGCGACAAUUGGAGCUGAUUUCUUGACUAAGGAAGUGCAGUUUGAAGAUAGGCUCUUCACUUUACAGAUCUGGGAUACUGCUGGCCAGGAAAGAUUCCAAAGCCUUGGCGUUGCUUUCUAUCGUGGUGCUGAUUGCUGUGUUCUUGUAUAUGAUGUUAACUCAAUGAAAUCAUUUGACAACCUUAAUAACUGGAGAGAAGAAUUCCUUAUUCAGGCAAGUCCUUUAGACCCAGAGAAUUUCCCAUUUGUUGUUCUUGGAAACAAGAUUGAUGUAGAUGGUGGAAAUAGCAGGGUGGUUUCAGAAAAAAAGGCACGAGCUUGGUGUGCCUCAAAAGGGAAUAUCCCAUACUUCGAGACAUCUGCCAAAGAUGGCAUUAACGUGGAAGAAGCUUUCCAAUGCAUAGCAAGUAAUGCCUUAAAGAGUGGGGAAGAGGAGGAUAUUUACUUGCCAGACACCAUUGAUGUUGGAACAAGAGGUCAGCCUAGGUCAUCCGGAUGUGAGUGCUAAACCUUUGCUCAAUUCUUCAGAAUCAAUAAACUAUCUUUACAAAGUCUUACAAAUGAAUUUGGCCUCAUUUUAGCCAUUGUCGUUGAUAUGUGCGAGAUUAUAAUGUACAUUAGCGUUUGUGGGAAACAAAUUGGUCUAUUGCCAUUGGUGCUGGUUCCCGUGCUUCUGUGUAAAACUGCCUUCUAUUGUUCAUGUUGUGUUCUCUUUCUCCUUAGGCGCUAUUCUAUUUUUGUUCGCUAGUCUUUUUAC